AUGCGUCAAAGGCAAUUAGUAAAUCCUGUGGGCCCUGGACGAAAAAGUCACCUGCCGUUUGCUGAGAGCGCGCACUUUGGCCAGUACAAGACCGCUAAGUCUCUUUAUGACGCUCUCGUUGCGUGCUACUCCUCCCCUACCACUAGUGCCCUCGGCCGCCUUAUACUGCGGUACUUGUUCCCUGACCUAGCCGCCUUUGUCACAGUCGCUGACCUCAUCACUCACAUCCGCACUAGUGACACCCGCUACCGCGCUGCGCUUCUCUCCGAGUUUCGCGCCAGGAACCCCCCCCCCAUGUACAUCACCCUCUUCUACCUCGUCACCCGUCUCCCUGACUCUCUUUGUUCAGUCAAGGACCACUUUCUCUCCCUUUGCCCCACUAAGCUCACCAUCGACCUGCUCGAGGAGCGCCUCACUGUAGCUGAGACUAGCAUUGUCGCUGUAGGAGCUUCUCGCGGCGACCCUCGCACCCCUUUCUUUGAGGGGUGUUCCCCCGUUCCCCUUUUGCCCUCUCUUGCUUCUACUGCUGCUGUCGACCUCGUUGGCACCGAGAAGGUCGGGGCUGCGUUUGCUCCUAGUGGGAGGCGCCGCAGCGGCAAGGGCAAGGGGGGCAAGGGUGGUGGAGGGGACGGCGGGGGCGGCGGUGGUGGCAGUGGAGGAGGCGGAGGGGGUGGGGGUGGAGCGCCGUGGGGAGACGUGCAGGCUGCCACACAUGACGCAGCGCUGUUUCGGUCGCCUGUCUGA